AUGUCUGAAUUUGAUGGAUAUUCAGAUUACAGGCAAAAUGUAGAAACAACAUGGCUGUGUGGAUGCACUGAAUUCCCUGUUCUGAUCCACUUCUGUGUUUCUGCCCCUCUGCUUAGGUGGCUGUGGAAGAACUACCAAUAUGUGCUGGCCUUUUACUUUGCCAUCCAGGAGAUCAACAAGGACCACCACCUGCUCCCAAACAAGUCCUUGGGUUUCCAGUUGUACAAUGCCUUGGCCAGUAACAGCCUCACACUGUUGAAUGCCCUGUACUGGCUGGCAGGGGACCAUAGCUUGACUCCCAACUACAGCUGCCAGACACGGAGUAAGUCAGUGGUUGCCCUUGCUGGAAUAAGCCCAGUGUUCUCUGCUGAAAUGGGGACCAUUUUGGAGCUCUACAAAAUCCCACAGGUAAUGCUGGCUUUCUUUCAGCUCACUUAUGGCCCAUUUGAUUCCACAUUGAAUGAUAAGAAGCAGUUCCCCUCACUCUAUCAGAUGGCCACCAGCGACAGCUCUCUGGUCCACGCCAUGAUCUCCCUGCUGCUGCAUUUUGGCUGGACAUGGGUGGGACUCUUGGUGUCUGAUGACGUGAAAGGCGAGCAGUUCAAUCAGGCCAUCCGAGCUGAGAUGGUAAAGAGUGGCGUCUGCUUGGCCUUUACCUUCAAGCUCCAUGAGACAAGGACUGUGUAUGAAACCAUUGGCAUCGCUUCCCUAUAUGAUGUUAGCAUUUCCUCUGCAAAUGUGUAUAUCCUGUACAGUAACAUCAGGAGCAUCUUUACCAAUGAACACCUAGGGGUAUACUAUCUAACCCUGGGGAAGGUGUGGCUCAUGACAGCCAAGUGGGACAUUGUUGUGGAUGAGACACAGCACAUGUUGCACUCUUUCCAUGGGGGCUUUUCCUUCUCACCCCACAAGGGCAAAAUCCCAGGACUCAACACUUUUCUCAAGACAGUGAACCCCUCACGCUAUCCAGAAGACUUCCACUUCAGACACAUUGACAUGCUGACUAUGUCUGACUCCAGCUAUUUAGUGUACAAUGCUGUGUAUGCAGUGGCCCACGCCCUGCAUCGGGUGUUUCUGGAGACAAUAGAAAUGGGAUUCCUAGAAGACGCAGCUCAGCCUCUGAUUCUUCCCUGGCAGCUACAUCCACUUCUGAGGACAACACAGUUCACCAACAAUGCUGGGGAUCAUGUGUCCCUCCACAAAGCAACACCUCGUCAGGCACACUACGAUAUUCACAACAUUGUCAACUUUCCUGCAGGCCUCCAAAUAAUGGUUAACAUUGGAAAGUUUUCCUCUGGGAGUGGACGUGACCAAGGCCUAGUCAUCAAGGAAGACAUGAUAGAAUGGCCUGUUGCAUUCAAGGAGACUCCAACAUCUGUGUGUAGCCAGAGCUGUGGGCCAGGAUUCAGGAAAAUGCCAGAGGAAGGAAGAGCUGUCUGCUGUUACAGUUGUGUUUCCUGUGCAGAGGGGGAAAUUUCCAAUCAGACAGAUGCAGAGCAGUGCAUCCAGUGCCCAGAGCAGGAGUACCCAAACACGGAGAGAACUCACUGCCUCCCCAAGCUGGUGACUUUCUUGGCAUUUGAGGAUUUCCUGGGGAUGGCCCUGGCCUGCAUGGCUCUGGUCCUCACUCUCCUCACUGUUAUGGUGUUGGGGAUCUUUGUGAGGUACCAAGACACACCCAUCGUCAAGGCCAAUAACCACACCCUCAGCUACAUGCUGCUCAUCUCACUCCUCCUCUGCUUCCUCUGCUCCUUCCUCUUCAUUGGCCGUCCCAACACAGCCACCUGCCUCCUAAGACAAAUCACAUUUGCCCUCGUGUUCACACUGGCUGUUUCUGCUGUGUUAGCCAAAACCAUCACUGUGGUUCUGGCCUUCAAGGCCAUGAAACCUGGAAGGACCAUGAGGCGAUUGCUGGUGUCAGGAGCCCCAAACGCUGUCAUUCCCAUCUGCUUCCUCAUUCAGCUGACUCUCUGUGGCUUCUGGCUGGCAACAUCUCCUCCCUUUGUGGACACAGAUGCACACUCUGAGCAUGGACACAUCAUCCUCUUGUGCAACGAGGGCUCCAUCACUGCCUUCUACAGUGUGCUGGGCUUCCUGGGCUCGUUGGCCCUGGGCACCUUCACUGUGGCUUUCCUAGCCAGGAAGCUGCCUGACGCGUUCAAUGAGGCCAAGUUCCUGACGUUCAGCAUGCUGGUGUUCUGCAGUGUGUGGGUGACCUUCCUGCCUGUGUACCACAGCACCAAGGGGAAGGUCAUGGUGGCCGUGGAGGUCUUCUCCAUCUUGGCCUCUGGUGUGGGUCUGCUCUGCUGCAUCUUUGUCCCCAAAUGCUACAUUAUUCUCAUAAAGCCUGAAAAGAAUUCUUUGAAAAGCUUAAAGAAAAAAGUUGGUCCUAAGCGUGUCUAG